UAUGAGCUAUUAUCGUGAUUAGGCACUAAUUAAUUAUAUUUUCAAUAUUGUAAAUAAUUAGUAUUAACGAUGGAGUGUCGCCGCCCACCCAUUUCCCAGUCGGGUUGUCUAUCGGGUCAGCAGGUGGCCCAACCCUUGGACAGGUGUGUUCAAACUUCAAACUAUUUGACCCUCGUAAUUCCGUUAACACUUUCGGGUUCUCUUUAAAUACGCCAGAGAAAGACUCCAACCUCAGAUCUUCUCUGUUCUGAAAAGGCGAGAAACUGAAACCAGAGAAAAAGCGGCUGCGAGUCUCGAUUUGGAGAGAGAAGGUUCUGAUAUUCGUCUCACUGAUAGAGAACAAAGAUAUGGAUUGGACAGCAUCGCUUGAUGAGUACCAGAAGCUUGUUAUCCGGAUGAACACGCCAAGGGUUGUGAUCGACAAUGCAGUUUGUGCCACCGCAACUUUGGUCAAGGUUGAUAGUGCGAGGAAGGAUGGGAUUCUCCUCGAGGCGGUUCAGGUGCUUACUGAUCUUGACCUCUCGAUCAAGAAGGCUUACAUCUCCUCCGAUGGCCGGUGGUUCAUGGAUGUCUUCCACGUCACCGACCAGUACGGCGAGAAACUCGCCGAUGAGAGGGUAAUUUCUGACAUAGAACGGUCCCUCGGCGCUAGCGAUGAGGCUGCUGUCGUCUCCGCAGGCAUGGAUCCUAUCACUACCCUAGAACUCACCGGAGGGGAUCGCCCUGGUCUGCUUUCCGAAGUCUUCGCCGUACUCUCCGAUCUCCAUUGUAUCGUCGCCGAGGCCAAGCUCUGGACCCACAAUGGCCGGAUCGCCGCGCUCAUCUUUGUCAAGGAAGAGGACUCGGGGUUACGUAUUGAGGAUUCGGAGAAGAUCCGCCGUAUUGAAGCGCGCCUACGCAACGUCGUCCGCGGAGCCACCACCGCCGUCUCUUCCUCCUCCAUCACCGCCUCCUCUGGUGGCACCUACGUUGAUCGUCGUCUCCACCAGAUGAUGUUCGCCGACCGCGACUACGAACGCGGCAACUCCGGCGUUAGCGAGACUUCCGUCUCCGUCCAGAACUGGACUGAGCGGGGGUACUCCAUCGUUAACGUUCAGUGUCGCGACCGCCCGAAGCUUCUAUUCGACGUCAUCUGCACCCUCACCGACAUGGAGUACGUCGUCUUCCACGGCACCAUCGACACCACCGGAGAUCGCGCCUGCCAAGAAUUCUGCAUUCGCCACUCGGACGGGAGCCCAAUCAGCUCCGAAGCAGAAAGGCAAAGAGUUAUACAAUGCCUGCAAGCAGCCAUCGACCGCAGAGCAUCCGAGGGUUUAAGAUUAGAGCUAUGUGCAACAAAUGAUCGAUCCGGGUUACUCGCAGAGGCCACGAGAACAUUUAGGGAGAAUGGGCUCUCUGUCACAAGGGCGGAAGUGUCCACCAAAGGGGAUAUGGCAUUAAACAUGUUCUAUGUGACAGACGCCGCCGGCCACCCAACCGAUCGAAAAACAAUCGAUGCUGUUAUCGAGCGUGUCGGCGCAGGCCGGCUAAAGGUCUAUGAGGACCGAUCGAAUCACACUAAACAUAUACAACCCAAUUCAGCCCAAGAAGAAUCGUCGAUCGCCAGCGCCGGUCUUCUAUACCUAGGCAGCUUGGUAAGGAAGAAUCUAUACAAUUUGGGACUCAUCAGAUCAUGUUCUUAGUGAAACCUCCAGUACAUAAAAAAUGACAAGUCACCAAUGUUAUUUGUUAGAGCAGCAUAUACAGCAAAGAUAAACAAAGAAAAGGGUGAUUGUGGUUAUUAGAUAUAAAUCAGAAGGAUCUGAGCACUUUGAAGUUGGUUAAGGUUAGAUAGAAAUGUUUACGUACUAUUUAUAUAUCU